CCCGGCCAUGAUGGCGGAGGCGCUGGAGCGGUGGCUCCGGGAGGAGAUGGAGCUGCCGCCCUCCGCCAUCCCCUCCCCGGCCGCGCUCCGCAGGCUCUGCUCCGGCCCCGCAGCCCCCAUUUGGGAUUACGUCAUCCGCCACGUCCGGAACCAGCGGAACGUGAAGAAGAUCCGAGGAAAUCUGCGCUUGUACGGGCACCUGCAGGAGCUGGAGGCCGCUCCGGCUCGGCCGGGCCAGCAGGGGGCGCUGCGCGCGGCCGUGGAGCGGCUCCGGAAGGAGGUGCGGGACCUGGGGGACGCCAUUGCGGACGCACAGGAAACGGCGCAGCGCCUCG